GUGGCGGUUGCUUGAGAGAGGCCGAGAGCGGCGGCGGUGGCUGGGGGAAGGCGCGGGCUUCCCGUGAAGGGCCAGCGAGCCUCCAAGCUGCGAGGAACUUCUCGGCUGCCGGCCCGGUGUUGCCAAGGGGCUCGGCCGGGAGGCCCCCUCCGGAGGGCUGGGCCGGGGGGCCGGCGGCGGCAUGGAGCAGGCAGCGCCCAAGAGCAAACUGAAAAAGCUAAGUGAAGAUAGUUUAACUAAGCAGCCUGAAGAAGUCUUUGAUGUUCUGGAGAAACUUGGUGAAGGGUCUUAUGGUAGCGUGUUUAAAGCAAUACACAAAGAGUCCGGUCAAGUUGUAGCAAUUAAGCAAGUCCCUGUGGAGUCAGAUCUUCAAGAAAUAAUUAAAGAAAUCUCUAUAAUGCAACAGUGUGACAGUCCCUAUGUUGUCAAGUACUAUGGCAGCUACUUUAAGAACACAGAUCUAUGGAUUGUUAUGGAAUAUUGUGGUGCUGGCUCUGUUUCAGACAUAAUUAGACUUCGUAAUAAAACGCUCACAGAAGAUGAAAUUGCAACUAUUCUGAAAUCUACUCUUAAAGGACUUGAGUACUUGCACUUCAUGAGAAAAAUACAUAGAGAUAUAAAGGCUGGAAACAUCCUUCUUAACACUGAGGGACAUGCAAAAUUAGCAGAUUUUGGUGUGGCUGGACAGUUAACAGACACAAUGGCAAAACGUAAUACUGUUAUAGGAACUCCAUUUUGGAUGGCUCCUGAAGUAAUACAAGAGAUUGGCUAUAACUGUGUGGCAGACAUCUGGUCCCUUGGUAUCACUUCAAUAGAAAUGGCUGAAGGAAAGCCUCCAUAUGCUGAUAUUCAUCCCAUGAGGGCUAUUUUUAUGAUCCCUACAAAUCCCCCUCCAACCUUCCGGAAGCCAGAGCUCUGGUCUGAUGAAUUCACAGAUUUUGUGAAGAAAUGCUUAGUGAAAAAUCCUGAACAAAGAGCCACAGCAACACAGCUGCUACAGCAUACAUUUAUUAAGAAUGCCAAGCCAGUUUCAAUUUUAAGGGAUCUGAUCACUGAAGCCAUGGAGAUAAAGGCAAAGCGACAUGAAGAACAGCAGAGAGAACUAGAAGAGGAGGAAGAAAAUUCAGAUGAAGAUGAGCUGGACUCUCACACCAUGGUGAAGACCAGUUCAGAGAGUGCUGGUACCAUGAGAGCCACAAGCACAAUGAGUGAAGGUGCUCAGACAAUGAUUGAACACAACAGCACCAUGUUGGAAUCGGACUUGGGGACCAUGGUAAUAAACAGUGAUGAUGAUGAAGAGGAAGAUGGGACCAUGAAAAGAAAUGCUACUUCACCACAAGUUCAAAGACCUUCUUUCAUGGACUACUUCGAUAAACAAGAUUCCAAGAAUAAAAGCCCUGAAAACUGUAACCAGAACAUGCAUGAACCUUACCACAUAUCCAAAAAUGUUUUCCCUGAUAACUGGAAAGUCCCUCAAGAUGGAGACUUUGAUUUCUUAAAGAAUCUGAGUUUAGAAGAAUUACAGAUGCGAUUAAAGGCUUUGGACCCUAUGAUGGAACGAGAAAUUGAGGAGCUUCGUCAGAGGUACACUGCAAAGAGGCAACCUAUCUUAGAUGCAAUGGAUGCAAAGAAACGGAGGCAACAAAAUUUCUGAGUCUGUUUUACUUCCAGAGAUAACACUAUGAGUCAGUGUGGACACUGGUAGCUUUGUAAGUUUGAAGGAAUUUAAUUAUGAGAGUUUUCAAAACCCCUAUCUUCUCAGUUUUCCUUCACAAGAAAUGACAAUUGGAGCAGUGAAAGAGCAUACAUAUGGUGUUCUGCAAAGGCAGCAAAACACAUUACCACUUGUUUGUAUUUUCAAAUGUUCAUUAUAAUAGAAUUUAAUCUGUUACUUCCCAGGCUUUUCAGGUGUAUAAUGGUAACUUGGUGUUGUACAUGAAGGAGUUUGUGUUUUGAAGGACCUGAAACGAUUUCUUGAUUGUGCAACACUACAGAGCCUUACGUUGCAAUAUGUUUUCCUCCUACUUAGUAGCAUAUUUAUUAUGUAAUCUUUUGUUAUCCUAUUUAUUUUUUGCCUGUUUUCUUUUUUUUGUUAGGAAGUGUUAGGAUAAUAUUGUGGAGAGCAGAGCCAGACUAUAUAAAAUUGCUAUUGUAGUAAAUAAGCUCACCACUGUGUUAUCUUUCACAACUCCAAUUUUAGUAAGCAUCCCAGUUCAGGACAGCACUUGAACAUGUAUCUCACUCAUUCAUAUCAGUAGAAUGUAACCAUAAAAUAAGUAAUUGGCACAUGUUUUUCUGCUCUCCUGAACCAGGGACUAUUCUCUAGUUGAGCAAUACAGUUGUUAUGCUACAGAAUAUUCUUUUAGAGAGUAUUGCUGUCAUUUUUAUGCACACCGAAUGAUCCCUCAUCAAACAAGAAAACAAGUGCCUAAUCAGUUUUGAUUUUUCUUUAUCAGGAGAAGCAAUACUUGCAGUCACUCCUUCAGUGUAAAUUUCCAAUUGCUAUUGCAGUUCUGACCACUAUAAACUUCUAUUUUGCACCGUAGUUUUAUAAUGAAGUAACAGCUAUACUUAAUGUUUUUUUUUGUUCAUUUAAUUUAUCACUGUUUGAGGGGAGAGGGAAAUUAUUAGUAGUUUGGGGUUGGUUUGGUUUCACAUUAUAUAUAUACGAAGGGAUAGUGAUUUAAAAGCCAAAGAAAAUCAAUUGAAUGCUUACAUAUAAUAAGUACUGAAAAGAAGCAAUGUUUUGUAGUCCUCUGAGAAUUUUGUCCUGCAAUCAGUAACCUUUCAAAAUUCCCAUAGUCUUCUGUGGUAGAUUUUUGGGAAUCAGAAGGGCAGGACCAAACACUUAAUAUCUUGUUACAAGUUCUGUCUGGUUUAUAUUGUGGGUUAUAUCUAGUAGGUAGAAUUGACAACAUUGCAAAAAAUAUUUCAGACUUAGCAGAAAAUUUAAUCUGCUUUCUGAACAAUCUACUGUGUUCUCUUAUUGAUAUCUUUACUAUUGUUGCCUUUUUUGUAAGUAACUUCACUGUGAUAGUCAUACUUCUUUAAACAAUACAGCUGAGAAGACCUUUGCAUUCAACCUUCAGCUGUUAAAACUUUCAAUGGUGACUACUGUAUGGGCAUCUUCUGUAAAUGUUUUCUGGAAGUUAGUAAUCAUCUCAUACCUCUUAACAUUUACUUCAUCAUACGUGGACCAUUUAGAUGGAACAGUGUAGAUUUUGGAAACGGUGCAUUAUAUCAUAAAGCUUAUGCAAAAUGAAAACAAAAGUUUUUAUAAGAUCAGCAUCCUAUAGCCAUGCCAGGACCAGUACGUGGGUUUGAGCUGUGUACACCCCUUGUUGUCAUUGUCCUUCUGUCUCUGUGUGUUCGCGUGCACGCCACGCUCUAACAUGUAAACCCUAGAGUCAAAUAAAUCUUAAUUUUGAUUGUUAGAACAUCCUUACCCUCAGCUCUCUUCAUAUUUCUUUAAGUAAUGACUGUCCCGUAGGAUAAAGCAAGAACACAGAAGAUCCAUAAAAAUGACUUUAAGCAAGAUAAAAUGCACCUGGUAGUUUUAUGCCUCACAUUUGUACGAUGAAAUUAUGUAAAAAAUGGUGUAAUCAUAUCACCAGGUCAUUAGAUUAUAGU